AUGGAGCGACGAAGCGACGAGUCACAAACCUACGGGGCCCACAAAUGGGUUCUGAGCAAGCUCAAGUUUUCCUAUAAAGAAGAGUACAAUGUGGACUACUUGCUAGACAGAAACGCAGAUGAAAGGAAGGAAGUAGUCGAUAAUUUUCUGGGCAAGGAGAAAAAGGAUUUGCUACUCUUCGGGGUGGAAAACAACAAAAUGGUGGUAGCAAAAGAGGAGAAGAUAAAAUUUGAUCAAAAAAUUGUUUAUUUCUAUAAGUGCCUAAAUGGCGAUCUGAAGGACGAAAAGAGCAUACUCUAUGGAAUUUUAUCUCCAAAUAUUUUAGACACCCUAAAGGUGAUGCUGAACAAGGUUAUUUACCCCCUCUUUUUAAAUAACAAAAUGAUACAUGCAAACAUUUGCAGAGACGAAGUGAAAAAGUUUAGCAUGGAGUUUGAUACGUAUGUAAAGGAGCUGAACGAAUUUAUUCUCAUUUUAGACGAUAUAAAAAAGGUGAAAUUGAAGAUGAAGCAGGACCAGCAUGAAAUGAUUUGCGAGGAGGCAAACAAUGGUGUGGGAGCAAGCGAUGUUGCGGGAGCAAGCGACGGGGUGGGAGCAAAUGAAUCGGAAAAUAAAAUGCUGAAGAAAAAAAACGAAACCGCGCACUUGACAAAAUAUUUAAACAUUUUAGAAAACUUAUUCAAUGAUAUGCAAGAAAAAAUUCAAGAGUACAAAAAAUCAAAUGUAGACGUGGGACCAUUUAUCGAGAUUCAGUACUGGAGGUACAAACACAGGUAUCUACUCUUUAUUAUGGAAGAACUGAGAAGCAACGAAAUUAAAAAUAUAAUAAAUAACAUAAAUAUAAAUAGUGCAAAUAAUGAGGAGCAAAAAUAUACGUACACAUUUGACAUACUGAACAAGUGGAGAGAAUUAGAAACGAAGAUUGAAAAUGAAUUCACUGAGAGUAAGGACAACAUUAAAUACUUGGAAAGCAUCGAGCAGUUCAUCCUGUCCCUUUAUCUAUGCAACGUAGAGAAUAUUAUUGAUAAUCUUCCUUCUCUGUUGAAUUCCAUUAAGAUGAUUUACCUCGUAGCUCGGUUUUACAAUACACCCAACAAGCUAAAUAACCUGUUCAUUAAGAUCACCAACCAGCUGGUGAUUAAAUGCAAGGAGGAAAUAUUUUGCGCCAAAAAGAAGAAGCGGAAGAGGAGAGGGACGAAUAAUAGACGAGGUAAGAAGGGGGGAGCACUCGGAAGUCAAUAUGGCGAUGCGAAAUCAGAUAAAAAUCUGGAAAAUGAGGGUGGUGAUGAGGGGGAUAAUUACGGCCAUGAAGACGACCAAAGUGGGGGAAACACUGAUGAACAAAAUAGAAUGCACGGCUCAGGGAAAAAAAAAGGGGGAAAUUCAAAUUUUAGAAAGCACUCCGAAGAUAGGAAUAACCAAGAGGAUGACUACGAGGGGGCAGAUAAAAAUGAACAGAGCGAAAGCGGCUACCUGGAUCAUGAAAAUGGGUUUUACGCAUGGGAUGACCAAAGUAACGAAUCUGAAGACGAACAUGAUAAUGAAGAUAUGGAAGAAAACAUGGAUAACAAAUUAAAUGAAACAGAAGAACAGGAUUACUCAAAUGAGAAAGACAGUGAAAGUAGAAAAAUAGAACAACUAAAGAGGAGACAGAAUCUAUGGCUACUAGAUCCAGAUGAUUUAAUCGACAAAUUUGAGUUAUGCUUUAAAUUGCAUGACAAGUACAGGGAAGAAUUUGAAAGUAUAAAAACUUUUUUCGAAGAGAAUUCUAAAAAUAAAUCAGUCGAUUUGAAUACCAAAAUGAUUUUUUGUAAGAUAGAAAUAUUCUGUAGGCGUCUGAAAAAGUUGGUGGAUUUGUUCCUAUGCAUAAAACAGUUUAAGUCUCUCAGAAGGGUAAAAUUUGACAGGAUACAAAACAUAACGGCUUCCUUCAAUAAGUACAUAAAGGAUUUCAAAAUGAAGCACACCGAAGAUAUGCUAAAUUAUACCGAUAAUUACUUCGAUAGGGAUUUUGUCGAAUUGAGAGUGUAUAUAUCUGAGCUGGAAAGCGACUUGCAAGACAGCAUCGUCAGCUUGUUGAAUAACAGCUCCAACAUUAUGCUCUCCUUUUUUAUCUUCUUCAAAUUUAAGGAGAAUUUCAUAAGAGGUUACUUGAUCCAUUUCCUACACACAAAAUAUGAUAUACUACUGUCCCAAUUCUUAGAAAUUUUAAAUGGCAUAAAUAACGAUCUGGAAAAUUACAAAAGUAACUUAAACUGCAGUAAGAGCUUAAAUUAUUUGAAAAAUAUUUUUUGGAUCCUCAGUAUUAACUACAAGAUCAAUCAUAUCAUUCAGAUUUUUCUAGAUGAAAAUAAUUCAACACUCGUCGAUAAGGAUGACCUCUCUUCCUAUUUCGAGUUGCCUCACUUGAAUAACGACUUGUCCGCUAUGAAAGGGAAGACCACUAUGGAUAAGAGGAGAGAAUCGCGUCCCGUCGGUGGUGACACUGUCAAUGGGGCUCUACGCAGAGCGCAUGACGAAAAUGGGGGCAACCCCAGUGCGGACACGUUUUACAGCAUAAAUGAGCAAGUUACGAAAUUGUUAGAAGACCACGAAAGGAAGAAAACCGCGGAGGAGGAGAAGAAGGACGACUCAGCAUCAAACGGGACAGGUGUGGAAAAUGCCAAAGGGGAAGGUAAACCCGUUGAGGAAGAAGCGAAAAAGGAGUUUUCAUCGAGUGUAGCACCCACCGCGGGCACCCCCGAGAAAGAAAAGAAAAAAAUAAAAAACGUCCUGUUCAAAAGUGCCAACGGGAAGGAGGUACUAAAAUUAUACUUGAAAAUAUCAAAGUUCAUCGAAGAGUACAAAAAUAAGCUAUUUAAACAUUGGCUGUGCUUUAUAAAAAGCGUGAACAGCCUAAACGUUACCGUUUUUGUGAAACAUCCGAAGACGAAGAAUGUGAUAGUGAACUUUGACAACAGAAUAAAGAGAAUAAUAAGAGAGGCGAAGAUUUUUCUGUCUUUCAAAUUCGAAAUCCCAGAGGAAGUAAAAAAUAUGAUUUCGCAGGAACCGAAGAUAUACAGCUUCUACUACAAGCUUCAUAACAUACUCAUAUUGAUAAAAAAAAUGAAAAAUAACAAAAAAAAAGACAUCGAGUUUACAUUAAAGCGCUUCUUUAUUUACAUUGAUCAGCUCCUGCUCCCCUUUCUCGUCAAAUACACAUGGAGUAAUUAUGCAUUGGAAGAUUCGAUAAACAACUUACACAAAGAGUUAAUACAAUUUGAAGAGGCAAUUAACUCCUUGUACGAUAUUAUUGACGACCAUAUUAACUAUAACACUAAGGUGAUCUAUCGAAUUCUGCAGAAUAAGAAUGAAAAACUCGUUAUCAGCAAGCACAAGAAAAAAUUCCACAACAAAAUUAUCCUCUGCAAUUCGAUAUCGAAGAAAAUACAAAUCGCCAUUUUCGACCUGCUGAGCAAUAUACAGUAUGUGUAUGAAACUAAACUGAAGACCGAAAUUACCAAGGAGGAAAUUUUGAACACGAGGAAAUUUUACCAUGAUAUAUUUUUGUCUGUGCUGAAGAAAAUUUACCUAAAGAAUAUCAGGAGCCUCAUUAAUACAUGGUCUAAUUUGGAAGAGGAAAGCCCACAGAACCAAGUUCGGAAGAGGAAUGAAAUUCAAAUUUUACUCCUCGUUCACGAAAAUGACAUUGUGAUUAACCCUUCCAUUAGCACUAUAAAGGAGAAUAUUAAAAAAAUCAUAAACGUUUCGAUUAACAAUGUGAUUUAUAUAGACAACUGGAUAAGUGGGGAUGAUUUAGUGAAGCAGUUUUUCCUUAACGAUCGGGGGGGAACCCAGAAAUGUGCUGCCUCCACCGGCCAGGAGCAGGACAGCGGGGCAAUGAAGAAGUCCUCCACAAAAAAAGGCCACAAAGAAGAAGGACCAGAGUGCAAACAGAAGAGCAUAUUUGAGGAGCUCCUGGACUAUUCUUACUUUAAUAAGAAGAAUGCAAAGGACUCCUCCAAACAUGUCGCGGAGGAGCUCAACAUGGAAAACGAAAACUGCGUUCGCAAUUUGAAGCACGAUUUCUAUUUUUAUGAGAAAAUCAGGGAAGACAAAAACAUAGAAAAGGAGCUGGUCAAGCUGAAUGAAAAACUGGGCGUGUUCCAGGGCAUCGUCGACGACUUCACCGGAAAAUUUGACAAGUACAAAUAUAUAAUUCGCGAUUUCGAGUCGGAGAAACUGAGGGAGGCAUCAAAGGGGGGCGUAAAGAAUACGCACAACGAGGAGAAGCAGUCAGGCGUUGUUCCAGGUGGAGGAAAUAUCACCAACUUCGAGGUGGCGGAAAAGAAAGAGAGCAAUGUGCCGCAUUUCAGCGCAAAAAAAGGGGGAAACGAAACAGACCUUACAAAUUCGAACACAAAGGGUGAAGAACAAAGCAGCAAUGAACAUGAAACGGGGGAGGAGAGCCCCACCAGCGAGUCCGAAACGGAAGGGGAAGAAGAAGAUGAAGAACAGGACGAAUUAAAAAUAGACCAAGAAGAAGAAAAGAUAAAAAAAUUCAUAAACAUAAAAAAGGAAAUCAACAACAUAGACAGCUUCUACUCAAUUAAUGUGUUCAGAUUCAACCUGGAGAGCUUCAAAAUGUACUUGAUAAAUAUAAUCGAAAAUGAAGCUCUACAGUGUGCAAAUAAAGUCAUACAACCGGUUAAGAGAAAAAGCGACAUGCUCAUAAAAAAAAUGAGUGAAUAUAAGACAAAGUUGAAAAAAAAUAUUGUCGAUGUAGACUCGCUGUACUACGUCAUCAACGUUAUAAAAAAAAUACACAUCUUCGAGUCAACCAUAGAUAUUGCGCUAAAUCCUAUAAAUCAAAUGGUAGACGUGCUGGAAUUUUACAUGAACAAUUUUUUGAAGAAGCAUGUCGAAUCGAUGAGGAAUUCUGGUCAUUACGACGAAGAGGAAAAUUAUCAGCUGAAAUUUAUAAGCAAUCUUGAUAAGAGGAAAUCGUCCAGCGAGAUGUAUGAAAUGGACGAGUCGUAUAAUAAAAACCUUCUACAAACAUUUAAUAAGCUAAAUGGGAUGAAAAAGAAAUUUCUCUCCUUGUACAAAUCUGAGGUGGAGAAAAAAAAUGUCAUUUUUAACAAAUUUAACGAGCUCAUAUCUUUGACAAGAAAUGUGGAAGAAGAAAUACAAGAAAAAAAAAGCAUCAUGAAAAAUGAGUUAAUGAAUAACAUCUAUAACUUUAAGGAAGACAUAAAAACGUUUCGAGAAAAUUUCCUAAAAAUGAAUUUCAAAAGUGAACAUAUCAAUCCGCUCAACGCAUUCGAACUCUUAAAGAGAUACAAGGAAGAAAUCUCCAUGCUAAAGAAAAGGUACAAUAGCUACUAUAAGGGAGAGUCCAUAUUCGGUCUAAAGCACCAACAGCAUGAUGAUCUUUUUCUGAGCACAACGGAGAUAAAUAAUUUUUACUCUCUGUACGAUUUGUACGUGCAACUGAAGGAGAAGCUGAACGAGUGGAAAAAUUUAAAGUGGAACGAGGGAAUUCUAAAAAUGAAGGAGUUGAAAAAUGAGAUUCUGUCUUUCGAGAAGAAAUGCUCUCAGCUCCCCAAGAACUUGAAGAUGAUCGUGAUUUACAAGAACUUGAUGAAGGAAAUUUUUUACUUUAAAGAGAUCACGCCCAUUGUGGACGAGCUGGAGAAGAAGACCAUUUUGAAGCGCCACUGGGUCGAGAUUGUCGGUGUGUUGAAGGAGAAGAAGAAGGAGAGCGCUGCAAAGGAGAAGAAGGGCAAGAAGGGCAGCUGCGACGAGAAGGGAGCGGUGUCUACGGCGGAAGACACGGCUGUUACAGCGGUUGUGUGGAGGGCCGAUGGAGGAACGGCGCAUGCUGUUGAGAGUGCCGAUCAAUCCCUUCCGAAAGAGAAAACCCUCGAUCGGGGCAUGCUCAUCGAAAGCGCCUGCGUCGACGAGGAAGAAUACAUAGACAAUUUAAAUAAGCUAGACCUAGAUAACAUGGACUUCUUCAUCAAAGAUAUAAUAAAUUACAACUUGCUGCAAAAGAAGGAUGACAUUCUGGACAUCUGCGACAGCGCGGAGAAGGAGGCCAACAUUGAGGAAAAGAUCAACGAGCAGUAUAAAAUAUGGAACGAAACAUGCUUCCAGUUUAGCAAGUGGAAAAACAGGGACUAUGCAUGCAUCCUGGUGGGAAGCAAAGUGACAGAAAUACAAGAGAGCUUAGAAGAAAGUCAAAUUUUACUAAACAAUAUCAAUUCGACAAAGUAUAGCAAGCCAUUUAAGAGUAAACUGCUAUUGCUAUUGAACAAAUUGUCUGACUGCAGUGAUAUUGUCGAGAGGUGGAUUAAAGUGCAGAUGCUAUGGUGCUCCAUGGAGAGUGUCUUUACAAGUGGGGACAUAGCAAGACAAAUUCCAAUAGAGUCUAAGAGGUUCCACCAAAUUGACAAAGACUGGAUUAACAUAAUAAACAUUGCGAACGAAUCCUCCAUUGUUAUAGAAUGCUGCCAAAGCAGUAUGCUAAAGGAGCUCUUGCCGAAUAUGCAGAAAGGGCUGGAGAGCUGCCAGAAGUCACUAGAAUCGUACUUAGAGGGGAAGAGGAGCAAAUUUCCCCGUUUCUACUUCGUGUCCAAUCUGGUGUUACUAAAAAUACUAUCUCAAGGAUCUGACAUUAACAUAAUUCAAUCCGAGUUAAUCAAACUCUUCGACGCUAUAAACUACCUGACUAUAAAGACCAUACAGAACAAGAAAAGAAUUAUUUGUAUAAAUAAUAAAGAAAAGGAUGAUAUCGAAACGGUGCAGUUAGUCAACCAUGUAACGAUAGAUGGAAAUAUAGAAAAUUGGCUGAUACUGCUCGAGAAGGAGAUGCAAAAGGCGGUGAAAAAAGAGUGCAAGCUAGGGGUAGCCAAUUCAGCGCAACUAUUCAAGACAGUGAAUUUAAAAGAAUUCUGUGAUAAGAACAUUGCACAGGUUGCUCUCAUAUGCUUACAAGUCAUGUGGACAAAUGAUAUAGAAAAAUGUAUCCAUAAGUACCAUUCGGAAAAAAACAUAUUAAAAGUGACGAACAAGAAAAUCAAUUAUAUAAUGUCCGAGUUAGUGAACAUUUGUCUUUCCGAUUUGGGAACCAAAUUAAACAGAACUAAAUAUGAGACGCUGGUUACUAUACAUGUCCAUCAGAGGGAUUUAUUCAACGAAAUUUCAACAAAGAUAAAGGAAUAUAAAAUCAAAACAUGCACCGAUUUUGACUGGCUAAAACAGACAAGAAUUUAUUACAAAGUGGAGAAGAAUGUCAUUCUGAUUAGCAUUUCGGAUGUUGAUUUCCUAUACUCUUAUGAAUAUCUAGGUAUUAAGGAAAGGCUGUGUAUAACUCCGCUAACGGAUAGGUGCUAUCUCACUUGCGCGCAGGCACUAGGACUAUGCUAUGGUGGAGCUCCAGCAGGACCUGCGGGAACCGGGAAAACAGAAACGGUCAAGGAUUUGGGAAGAACUCUAGGGAUAUACGUCAUUGUGACAAACUGCUCAAAUCAACAUAAGUAUAAAGAUAUGGCAAAAAUAUUUAAAGGGCUGUGUAGAAGUGGGUUAUGGGGAUGCUUCGACGAAUUUAACCGAAUUAACUUGGACGUUCUGUCCGUGGUUGCCAUGCAGAUCGAGUCCAUCGUAACGGCAAAGAAGCAGUCCUUAAAAUCGUUUCUCUUUCCAGGCUAUGCUGGAAGACAACUGUUGCCAGAGAAUUUAAAAAUAUUUUUUCGAUUCAUUUCGAUGAUGGUGCCAGAUAGACAAAUUAUCAUAAAGGUAAAGUUAGCAUCGGUGGGGUAUCUAGAUAUAGACAAUUUAAGCAACAAAUUUAAGUCGCUCUACAAUUUGUGCGAAGAGCAGCUGUCAAAGCAGAAGCACUACGAUUUUGGGUUGAGGAACAUUUUAUCUGUCUUGCGUACCGCUGGAGACACCAAAAGAGCUGCAGGGGCGAAUGAAAACGAUGAAGAAAUGCUUUUAAUGAGAACCUUACGGGAUAUGAAUCUUUCCAAGCUAAUUUACGAUGACGUGUUGUUAUUUUUGUCCCUAUUGAAUGAUGUUUUUCCAAAGUUUCACAACAUCACAAAGAAGAGCUACCAAUUGAUUGAAGAAAAUGUGCACCAAAUUAUUAAUAAAAAAAAGCUGUGCGCAAAGAGUAAGUGGAUUCUGAAAAUAUUACAGCUAUAUGAAACUUCGCUAGUUCGUCACGGGUUCAUGCUAGUAGGAAACACCCUAACGGGAAAGACAGAAAUAUUAAACAUACUCACUUCUGCACUAACUAAUAUAGGAAAUGUGACAAAAAUUAUUACACUAAACCCGAAGGCUAUAACGUCUGAGCAUAUGUAUGGGGUGAAGGAUAAUUUGAGUGAAGAAUGGACUCCAGGUAUUUUCGCAAAUAUAUGGGAAAAAUAUAAUAACAACAAUUUGAAGUACAGUACUUGGAUUGUGUGUGAUGGACCCGUGGACGCUAUUUGGAUCGAAAACUUAAACACCGUUUUGGAUGACAAUAAGAUAUUAACAUUAGCUAAUAAUGAUAGAAUUCCUAUGACUGACAAUACGAAGAUAGCCUUCGAGGUGGAGAACCUGAAUAAUGCUUCUCCCGCCACUGUUAGUAGGGCUGGUAUUGUCUACAUAUCUGACAGCGAUUUGGGUUAUAAGCCAUUCAUUUACAGCUGGCUGCAAAAAUUGAAGGAUGUGCAUACUUAUGGAGCUACCUUAUUCCCCAUUUUUAACAAACUUUUUAUUUUUUAUUUGGACAGAAUUCAAGUUUUAAAUUUUGUCAAGGAGAACUGCAAAUUCGUGAUGGAAGUUACCGACUCGAUUUUAAUUUCCCAGACCAUCAAUUUGUUGAAUACGCAGCUGAUUCAGUAUGUGAAUGCCAUUAAUAACUUUAUAUAUAAUGAGGAAGAUUUGAACAAGAUAUUUUUCUGCAACUCCAAUGAGAAGAAUUUGCUGCACCAUAGUAAUAAGGUUGUGAAGAAACACCACGUGGAGGCAUCCGAUGGGGCGGCUGCCCCCCAUGAGAAGACUGACAGUAGCGCUGUCUCGUCCUUCUCGGCUAUGAAAGGAAAAAAGGGGAAGGAAGUGGAAACGAUGAAAGCAAAAGAAACGGUACCUAUGACUAGCGAUAGAAGUAAAAUUGCCAAGAAAGUUGGCGACGCAAAGGGAGGAAGAGCACCAAGGGAGAACUCCAAGGGGCAGCUCCCAAAUGGUGGAGGUGCUAAGCAGGACUUGCCUGGGAAGGAAAAACAAAGGGGGGAAGACGGCGGGAAUGGCCAUGAGUCCAGCAAAAGUGGUCCAUUCGUGACUGCUGCAGUUUCCGCUGCAGAACCGAAGGAUGGAAACGAGGAGGAAGAGGAAGAGGAAGACGAAGAAGAAAAUGACAAGAUGGACACCCUGAACAAUUUCAGCAUAACAUCUGGAACCAAAUACGAAGAGAUCAAGGCAGAAGAGUGCGAACAAAUAAUGCUGUACGCCGUAUUGUGGGGAUUGUGUGGUUUGCUGGAGCACAGAGACAGACUAAAGGUGCACAACUUCUUAGUAAAAAACGUGCCAUUUGUUAAGGCUCUUCUCAGGGAAGGAAAAAAUUCGAACAAUGCUAGCAAAAGCGUGGAUUCCAAAAUGGGAGGCGAUGAAAAGAUUUCUCCAGAAAACGACAGAGAUGAUGCGGAGGACGAAUUCGAAAAAGAAACAUGCCUCAUUUAUGACUACUACUUUGACAUGAAGCUAAGAAAGUUAACCAAGUGGAAUGUAGCCCCGUUUAAGAUGCCAAAGAAUAUCAACUCCAUUUCCUCAAUAUUGAUUCCAACCAUGGAAACGAACAAAGUGGAACAUAUAAUAAAAUUAAUUUCUAAUAUACCUAUUAAGUGCCACAAUUUCCAUACGUACAAAAGUACGUUGCUGUUGGGUUCUACCGGUUCGGCAAAGACGUCUAUAGCAUUGUUGUAUACAUCUAAGCAGGAGAAGAACACCAAGAGGUUCAAUUUUUCAAGUGUCACGACUCCGGAGAAAUUUCAACUCUUUAUCGAAUCCGAACUGGAAAGGAAAAGUGGAAAGACGUAUGGGCCAAUCGGAAACACCAAAUCUAUUAUCUUCAUAGACGAUAUGUCUAUGCCUAAGAUUAACGAAUGGGGAGAUCAAAGCACCUUGGAGCUGCUGAGACAGCUGAUCGAAUUUCAGGGGUUCUACUUUUUAGAUAAAGACAAAAGGGGAAACUUUAAAAAAAUAAUUGACUUAGAAUACAUAGGGUGCAUUAACCACCCAGGCUGUGGAAACAAUGACAUACCAAAAAGGCUAAAGUCCAAAUGGUUCAACGUGAAUAUACCUCCUUACAAUCUGAAUUCGAUAAACACAAUUUAUGGCACUGUGCUUAGAACCAAAUUUAAUAAGAAGAGGAGUUUCUCGGACGACAUUGUAGACAAUAUAGAAAAGAUAAUUCUGUGCACCAUUAACUUGUUUAGCAGAUUGAAAAAGCAUCUUCUGCCUGUUCCUUCUCGUUUUCAUUACUUAUAUACAACGAGAGAUUUGGCCAAAAUAUUUUACUCCAUGUUACUGUGCCCUUUUGAAACUAUAGAUAACAAUCUGCACAAUUUCUUAUGCUUGUGGAAGCACGAGUGUGAGAGGGUCCUAAUUGAUAAGCUUUCACGGAUGGAAGAUAAAAAUUUCUCUCUAGAUCAACUGAAGCAAGUGUUUAAGCUGUACUAUCCAUCUCACAAGGACAUAGCGGAAAAGAGCAUACACUUUAGCUACUUCUACGUGUCAGAAAAGGAGCAGAUUGAGUACAUGAUCGAAAAUGACCUUAUAGAAACUGUGCACCAGACGAAAAAGAGCAAAGGAGAGAGUCCACUUGGAGGUGUAAAUGACUCGAAUAGUAGCGCCACAGGGGGAGGAAGCAACAGUCCAAAUAGGUACUUAAAUAAGGAAAAUCGAAAAGAUGGACAGAGUAAAAACUUAAACAUAGCAGAAAGGAAUAAGAUACAAAUGGGAAGCCCCUCCGUAUCUGCAAAGAAUAACCUCAAUGUAGAAAUCGGAAGGGCGGAAAAUGACGAAGAAGAAAAUUUGAACAAUUUUUCCUUCUCUUGGAUGAAAAAAGACUACAAAAUGGUUGCAGACUUUGAAAGGCUAAGAUAUAUUGCCUACGAAUAUAUGAAGGAAUACAAUAUGAACAAUGUGAAAAAGCUCGAUUUGGUAUUCUUUGAUGACUCGCUAAAACAUCUGCUUGUCAUUAACCGAAUUAUGGAAACACCCAAGGGAUCCAGCAUGCUGGUAGGCGUCGGUGGGUCUGGGAAAAGGUCACUAACCAAGCUUAGUGUCUUUAUCAGCGAGCAAGUACUGUUUCAGUUAAAUAUAACCAAGACGUAUACGAAAAAUUUAUUUUUUGAGGACCUAAAAAGUUUGUACAUAUCUGCGGGGCAAAUGAACAAGAAGACAACCUUUCUGUUAAGCGAUAGCGACAUAGAGAAGAACGACUUCAUACUGGAGCAUGUGAAUUCGAUUCUGUCCACUGGGCUGGUGUACGGACUGUUUAUUAAAGAUGAGAAGGAGGCCAUCUGCGCCGAAAUGAAGGAGUCCUACUUGAAAGAAAUGAACAAGAUGAACCAGUCGUCCAAAAUGAGAGGUACGGGGGGAAAGAAAAAAAAUAAAAAGAAUGACUACAAUAUGGAUGACAUGGAUAUGGAAAACGACUCCAAAGAUUCACAAUUGAGAAGUGACACCUCCUCGACGAGCAGCGCCGACAACGACAGUGAUUACAUGAGCAAUGAGAAAGAAACUAGGAAAAAAAAAGACGAAAAAGUAAUAAACGAUUUUAACGUAUCGUCAAAUGUCAUUUUUGAUUAUUUGUUAGACAAUUUUAGAAACAAUCUUCACAUAUUUCUGUGCUUCUCUCCUAUCCAUAAAGAGUUUGCUUUACGGUACCAGCAAUUUCCGUGCAUAUACAAUUGUGUCACCAUAAACUGGUUUUUGAAAUGGCCCCUAGAAGCCCUUGUAAAUGUGUCAACAGCGUACCUUAACAAUUUCAACAUCGACAUUGAGGAGAAACUCAGAGACGACUUUUUCAACCUAUUUGCUAUUGUCCAUAAGAAAGUAUCAGACACGUGUGAAACAUACAAAGAGAGAAUGAGAAGAAAUACGUAUGUGACGCCCAAGUCCUAUUUAUCUUUCAUAGAUUUGUACAAACAAAUGUACGUGAAAAAGUAUGAAGAAAUUCAAAUUUUGAAAGAAAGUGUAGAUAUAGGGUUAAAAAAACUGAACGAGGCUGCCAUGGAUGUUCAGAAAAUGAGGGAAAGUCUCACAAAUGAAGAAGAAAAAUUAAAAGAAUCAGAUGAGCAAACCAAUGUGCUCCUGGAAAAGGUAAAGAAGGAAUCCCUAAAGGCAGAAAAACAAAGCAUCGAAGUGUCCAAAUUUAGAGAUAAGUGCAUAAAGGAAAAGGACAUCAUUUUGAAGGAACAAGAAGAAGCAGAUAAGGAUCUCAAAGCAGCAUUGCCAUAUUUGCAUGAAGCCGAGGAAGCCAUCAAAAGUAUCACUGCCAAGGAUAUAACCGAAUUGAAGAGUAUGAAAACGCCAUCUGAUAUCAUUCGUAUCGUUUUUGAUGGGGUGUUGAUACUACUGCAGGGGAAGUUAAAGGAACCGAAAAUUAGUGUAAAGUAUGUAAAUAAGCAACAUGUGGAGUUUAUCCAAGAUUCUUUUGAUGAAUAUGCCAAACCGCUAAUGGCUGACAUUCGAUUCUUAAAUCUUCUGUUCGAUUUUUCUAAAAAUGAAAAGGAUAACAUUAAUGAGGAAACUAUUGAGUUGUUAAAACCGUACAUUGAGUCUUCUUUUUUCAAGACGCAAAUUGCAAAGAAGGCUUCUGUUGCCGCGGAGGGACUCUGCAAAUGGGUUGGCGCCAUGGCUAUGUAUAACCAAGCAUCGAAAAUUGUAAAACCGAAGAUGAGUUACUUGAAGAUACAAACAGGGAGACUGGAAGAUGCUCUGAAACAGCUAGCGGAAGCGGAAGACUCGCUGCUAAAAGCGCAACUAUUUGUUGACAAUCUCAAUUUAGACAUUGAAAAUAUGUUUAAGAAAAAGAAAACUCUCGAAGAAACAGCUUUAAAAACGAAACAAAGAAUUGAACAAGCCAACAAAUUAAUUAACGGCUUGGGUAGCGAAAAGGCAAGGUGGACAGAAGAUUCUAACAACUUUUCCAACAUCAAGAAGAAAAUCGUUGGAGAUGUUUUUAUCUCCUCCUCCUUCAUUUCCUACUGCGGCAUGUUCAACACAGAGUUCAGAAAUUAUUUGAUGAAUGAAGUUUUCUAUCACUACACGAAGAAUAUAAAAAACAUUCCCGUGUCAGACAACAUCGAUGUGAUAAAGUAUGUCCUAUCGUCAGCUGACACAAAAAUUUGCGACUGGAGUGUUCAGAAAUUGCCUAAUGAUAGACUUAGCAUUGAGAAUGCACUGAUUAGCGAAAACAGCAAUAAGUACGUUCUGCUCAUCGAUCCGCAAUGCCAAGCCAGCAACUGGAUAAAGAACAAGGAAUUUCAAAACGAUUUAUCCAAUCAUAGAUGUAUUACUACAUUUAACAGUAGCAAGUUUAAGGACAAUUUGGAGUUCUGUCUUAGUGAAGGAAAAACUUUACUUAUAGAAAAUGUUGAAGAGUAUAUCGAUCCUAUAUUGGACUCCGUCCUGGAGAAGCAAAUCAUUAAAAAGGGGAAGAAAAAUUACAUACUAAUAGAAAACAACUUAAUCAAUUUUGACGAAAACUUUAACCUAUUUAUGACUACCAAUUUGCCCAAUCCGAAUUAUAGCCCCGAAAUUUAUGCCAAAUGUUGUGUUAUUGACUUUACCGUUACGGUUAAGGGGUUGGAAGACCAGCUGUUGGGUAGGGUUCUAACUGAAGAGCAGAAACAUCUGGAAGUGUCCUUAAAAAAUAUUAUAAUAGAACUUAAGGAUAACACCAAAUCGUUGCAGGACCUUGACAAGCAGCUCUUAUACAAGCUGAACACGAGUAGCUCUAAUCUGAUAGAAGACGAGGAAUUAAUAGAAGUUUUGAACAACACCAAAUUGCUAUCCAAAGAGCUAGAAACGAAAUUAAAAGAUAGUAAUGAGAAGAAAAAAGAAAUUAAUGAAAAGAGAGAGCAAUACAGGAGUGUGGCAUUGAGGGGAAGUAUCCUAUACUUCUGCAUCGUCGACAUUACCAAUGUGAACUAUAUAUAUAACACAUCCUUGCAUCAAUUUCUGGAGCAGUUUGACUUGUCUAUAAAGAGAGCUGAGAAGGGACAGCACAUUAAGAAAAGAGUUGAAUCCAUUCUAUCCACACUAACCAAUCUGAUCAUUUGCUACAUGGAAAGGUGUCUAUUCGAUCAGCAUAAAAUUAUCUUCAAAUUGUUAAUAUCUUUGAAGAUUCUCCUGUACGAUAAUGUCAUUAGUAAUAAGGACAUCAGCUUUUUCCUAAACCCUCUCUCUCAUUACAGCCCUUCGAACGAUAUUAGUAGCGAACUCCUCAGUAAUAAUUUGCUGGGAGAAAACGCGGAUGCGUCCAAGGGCAAAAAGAAGGAGAACACCGCCAGUGGCGUCAUGGACGGAGCUGCGGACGUUUAUCUGAGCUCAAGCGAUAAGACAAGAGGAAUCGAAAAUGCUAAAAGUGACAAAAGCGCGAGUGGAAGCAGCGGUGCGGUAACUGGUUCUACUGCCGCGGGUACUAGGGGCGAUAUUGAUAGCGGCUGUGGCAACAACGCAGGUAUUCCCAGCACAGACAAAUGCGCGAAUAAGAACAAAAUGGAGGCUCCCAGAAAGGGGGGAAAAAACAAAAUAAGUUCCACCAAGUGGCUAUUAAAGAACGAAAAAUUAUAUAAAAAUAUUAUUUCUCUAUCCAACCACUCCUUCGGUAAUGACAAAAACAAUCGCUUCUUUUACGACAUCGUGAAUAUAGUGCAGCUGAACGAAAACGUGUGGAAGAAUUACUAUGAUGUUCUAGAUAUAGAAAAUAAAAAUAUUCCAUACUAUAACGAAAGGCUAGAUGUAAAUAGCAAAAUCAGCUCAUUUAUGAAGCUCUGCCUUAUUCGUUGCCUGAGGGAGGACCGGACCAUUCUGUGUGCAAAUAAAUUUGUGGACGAAGUUCUAAGCAGAAAUAGUGACACGAUAAAACAUGAGACUCUGGAAAAUAUAUUCGUCGAAUCGAGUAAUAGGAAGCCCUUUUUAUUUUUGCUAUCCUUGGCUAGCGACCCCACAAACAUGAUAGACGAUUUCGCGAAGAAGUUUAAGAAAUAUCCUACAGACAAAAUUUCCAUGGGAGAAGGACAAGAAAUAAUCGCAAAGGAAAAGUUAAAAAAUGCGCUUAUCAGUGGAAACUGGCUAAUUUUACAAAAUUGUCAUUUAAAUAAAAAUUUCAUCAUCGAAGUUUAUAAUAUGCUAAAAAAGUUGAACGAAAUUGAGGAAGAUUUCCGAUUAUUUCUGACAUCCGAGCCAGAUGAUGAAUUUCCUAUUUGCAUCCUGCAUGGAAGUAUUAAAAUAUCUACAUCGCUGAGUAGCGGUAUAAAAAAUAACAUGAGGAAAAUAUAUAAAGAUAUGGUAAAGGAAGAUAUAUUGGAAAAAAUAGACGAUGAAAAGUAUAGGAAAAUUAUAUAUUCCUUAUCCUACCUGCACUGCGUUUUAUGCGAAAGAAAGAAGUUUGGGCCAUUGGGAUGGUGUGUGCCGUACGAAUUUAGCAUCACCGAUUUGUUUGCUUCCUUUCUGUUUAUUGAGAAACAUCUCUAUUCUACUCUGCUAGUGAACCGACCCAUCGACUGGGAAUCCAUCCAUUAUAUGUUGGCAGAAGUGCAAUACGGAGGGAAGGUAACAGAUGACUUGGACAGGGAAUUACUCCUAACCUACGUGCAACAUUAUUUUAAUGAAGACUUGUUCAAAAUGAAAAAUGAAACGGGUCUGGAAAAUUUUCACAAUAUGCCAAAAUUUUACGAAAUUACAAACUUCCAGAAUUUUAUCGAGAAACUGCCAAAUAUUGACACCCCCUCUGUUCUGGACCUUCACAACAACGCAGAAAUAACGUACCGUGUGAAUGAGUCUAGGCAGGUUUUAAACUCUAUUUUGGAAAUCCAGCCGAGGGAUGUGGACCAAGGGGAGGAGAAGAGCAUGGAAACGGUGGUGAAGGAAAUCGCCGGGGGUAUCCUGCUAACCUUACCAACGGAAAUAAACUUGGAAGAAAUAAAAAAAAUUAUUUACAGAAAGAACAAAAAUCAGCAGCUAACCAUUCAGACAAACCAACCGAUAAAUGCAACAGCCAACUUGAAUGCAACUACCAAAAAUUUUUCAAAUUUGGAGAGCAGCUUUUAUAAGGGGAAGAACAAGGAAAAUUCAGAUAUUAGCGAAAAUAUGCUACAAAGAAGUGCAAUGGUGAACAAUCCUCUGAGUGAGACAGCUAAUGCUACCAAACACGCAGCUGCAGCGUCGGACAAUAAAAAUAAGAACACCCUUUGGAUAGCGAAAGAGAAUGAUGUGUACCAUAGCCUGGGAGUGUCCUAUUGGGAAAGUAACAAUGAAGGGGAAAAAAAUGUGCAAUAUAAUUUUUCCCCAUUACAAGUUUUCUUCUUACAAGAAAGUGAAAGAAUUAAGAAAGUCAUCGAUUUGGUUAAAACAAAUUUAAACGACAUCAUCAGUGCAAUCGAUGGCUCCAAAAUAAUGACAGCUGAUUUACAAAAUGACACGAAAUAUAUUUACUCCCAGUCCGUACCAAAAAAGUGGAUCUAUGAUGCUAGUGAAACCGAAAUUUCAUGGGUAUGUCACAACCUAAAUCAGUGGUUAAACAUUCUCAAUUUAAGAUAUGAACAAAUUAUGAAUUAUAUUCAUAAUGGAAAGCUGAAGUCUUAUUGGCUACCUGGCUUUUUUAACCCUCAAGGGUUCCUAACGAGUAUGAAACAAGAGAUUACGCGUUUAAAUAAGAAGGACCAGAUUUCGCUAGACGAAGUGGUGCUAUAUGCUGAUAUUAAAAAUCACGAUAUUGAGAAGAUUAAGGAAGUCCCUGAGCACGGAUUUCACAUUCAUGGUUUAUUCAUUGAAGGGUCCAAGUGGAAUUGGCAAGAGGGAAAACUGGAGGAGAGUUCCCCCAAGGUGCUAUGCGAGAACAUGCCCGUUAUUCACAUCACCGUCGUGUCCAACAAGGACAAGAAGGUGAAGUUUAUCGAAAACAACAAACAUAUGUUUUAUAACUGCCCCGUGUAUAAGUACAACGUGCGCACGGACAAGUACUUUAUUUUCCGAAUCCACUUGAAGACAGAUGUGGACCCGUCCAUAUGGAAGUUGCGCGGCACGUCUCUGCUUUGUUCGAAGGACUAG